UCUCCUUUUUGCAGUCGUUCCCAUAACUGCGCAUGCAACCAUUAUAUAAUCUCUCCGGCCGUUUCACGAGUAGACUGUAUUUCUCUUACCUGAUGGAAACCCCUUCCAGUCAAAAGCUCCACGCUGUCCUUCUCUCGAGCCCCGGGAUUGGCCAUGUCAUCCCCAUCGUCGAGCUUGGGAAGCGCCUCGUCACUCACCAUGGCUUCUCCGUCACGGUCUACGUCGCAGGCGCUGCCUCCCAGCCUACUGCCUCCGAGAACAAGAUCAUUGAAGCCGCCAUGAACCCAAAUCUCUUUGACAUCAUCCAGCUGCCACCGGCGGACAUCUCUGGCCUCGUGGGCCCCGAGGCCAAAGUGGUUACCAGGCUGUGCGUGAUGAUGCGCGAGGCACGGCCUGCUUUCAGGGCCGCGCUCUCUGCCCUGGCAGUCCGCCCGGACGUUCUCAUCGUCGACUUGUUUUCGGCUGAGCAUUUGAUCAUAGGGGAUGAGUUGAGGAUCCCUAAGUUUGUGUAUGUAGCGACCAAUGCAUGGUUACUGGCUUUAACGUUAUUCUGUCAAACCUUGGAUAAAUUGGUGGAGGGGGAAUAUGUGGACCAACCCAUGCCAUUGGAGAUCCCCGGUUGCACAGCAGUUCGUCCCGAGGACGUGAUCGAUCCCAUGCUUGAUCGUUCCAAUCAGCAGUAUCACGAGUUCUUGAGGAUUGCUACCAAGUUGCCGAUGGGAGAUGGGAUUUUGUUGAAUAUCUGGGAGGAUUUGCAACCCGAGAUGCUUGCGGCACUGAGAGAUGAAGGGCUACUGGGCGGGAUCGGUAGGGUGCCAAUAUAUCCAAUUGGGCCGUUGAUCAGGCCCCCUGAACCGGUCAGUCCCGAUACCCAGCUGUUCAACUGGCUUGACAGACAGCCAAGUGAGUCAGUGAUCUUUGUGUCGUUCGGGAGUGGCGGAACCCUCUCGGCCGAUCAGUUGACUGAGGUGGCUUGGGGAUUGGAGUUGAGUCGACAAAGAUUUAUAUGGGUUUUGCGCGCCCCUACCAUAAAAUCCGGCGACGGGUCGUACUUCGACUCGGGAAAUGGAUCGUUGGACAUGUUGAGUUUCCUACCAGACGGGUUCUUCGGGCGUACCCAAGGAAUCGGACUACUAAUUCCAAACUGGGCCCCGCAGGUAAACGUCCUGGCCCACCGGGCGGUCGGAGGGUUCCUGUCUCAUUGUGGCUGGAGCUCAACCUUGGAGAGCAUUUUGAACGGGGUGCCCAUGAUAGGCUGGCCAUUAUAUGCCGAGCAGAGGAUGAACGCGACGUUGCUAGCAGAAGAGAUCGGGGUGGCCAUCCGCCCGAAGGUGCUGCCGUCCAAGAAGAUAGUUGGGAGGGAGGAGAUACGAUGCUUGGUGAGGAGAGUUAUGGUCGACGAAGAGGGCAAUGCCAUUAGGAAGAAGGUGAAGGACCUACAGGAGGGUGCACAAGAGGCCUUGUGCAAAGAUGGCUCUUCAUACGAAUGGCUUUGUAAACUGAAGGAAGACUGUAAGGUGAGGCUGCUAGAAGAGCCGACUGGAAAAAAACACGGAGAAAUCGAACGUCCAGUUCACUAGCAGUCGGAUGAACGAGCCCCAUGCAAUCGGGCUGAGCAACUGAUCAGAUCAUAGGAGACCCAGGAUGCGGUGAAGCAUGAAUAUAAUUUACUGUUUUUCGGGUAAUUAGUUAAGAAUUUUAAAAAAAAAAGACUGAAGAACUACCAGUUAUAUGUUCAAAUGUUGUAUUGAAGUUAGUAUCGUCAAAUGCAGUAUUUUUUUUUUUAGGUUUUAAUGGAGGCGUAGUAUAAUGAAAUAAAAAUUAUAAUAGCUAAUAAAUGGGCACGAAUAGUCCCAUGUAUGUAGUUUUUUUUAUUAUAAGGAAGAUUUAUAAACUUAGUAUAAAAAAAUAAAAAUGCUAAUAGGAUAUAGUGAUCCCAUUGAAUAUCGAAUAUGAAACUUCUUAGUUACCGAUA